AUGAACAGAGUUGCUUUAUUACUACUUCUAGGCGUAAGUGCAUCCUAAGCCUCGUUUAAAUUGGAACUAUUCAAGAGAAACUCCCCACUAUAAGAGACCAGCGAUAGUUUCUUGCAUUUCCCACUUAAAUAAGAUAAUCAAAUGAUGAAAGAUGUAAGAGACAUGGGAUCAUCUGAACUAUUAGCAAGCGUCUCAUUUGGCAAGUAAAAGAACCUUGGAUAACUGUCAGUCAGCACUAGCUCAGAUUUCACAGCAAUCAAUCAACUUACCUGUGAUGCUUGUAAGAAUAAGAUUUACGAUGAGUCACAAGGUCAAAACAUUAAGAAGGACUAGACUAUUGAGCUCGGUAACUUGGAGGGAUUCGGAGACUUAGUUCUUGACGAUGUCAGUUUCAUUCCUGACAAAACCAAACCUACCAACACAAUUGACGCAGAGAUUCAAUUCCUGGCUCUGUCCAAACCCCUAACAAAUAAGGUUACCCAAAAGACUUUACCUGAUACAGAUGGAGUUUUAGGAUUAGGAUUUAAUAAUGAUUAGAAGUAAUCAUUUAUUCAGUAUGCCUCACCCCUUGACAAGAAGAAAUUUUCCAUCUUCUUGAAUAAGACUUACAGUGCACUGAGUAUGGGAUCCUUUGACAACUCUUUCCUGGCCGAUGGUGAAGAAAACCAAGGCUAUGGAUGGCACACCUUUGAUCUAACUCAAAAAGAUAGCUGGACUGUUGAGAUGUAGGAUGCAAGAUACAUCUACAUGACAUUCCUUAAGAGUGGAGCAAAUAAGGCAAGAAUCAGCACUAAUGAUGAAUACAUCUAUAUUCCCAAUGAUGACUUCAGUGCUUUGAAAGACGCUUGGAAAGGCAAGAGUGCAGAUAUCAAAUGCCCUAGUGACCUAAACUUCUGUUUUAUCAAUCAAACAUGCCAAGAAAUUUCCCAUACUAUUGGACCAUUCAAGAUCCAAUUCUCAACUAAUGAAUACUUUAGCGUAGAAUCAGAUGAGUUUACCUAUAACGGUAAAGAUUUCGGUCCUUACUAUGAGAACCAAUGUGUGUUCGGUGUUAUGUCAAGCGAAUUAGCCACCAAGAACAAUGAGUUCAUUCUCGGAUAAGCCUUCCUAAGAAAUUAUUUGACAGGAUUUGAUGUAGACAAGAAAACUAUCAGCUUUGGAAUUCAUUAGAACUCAACUGCUGCAGUGAGAAAGACUUUCAGCGGUGGAAUUAUUGCCCUUCUAGCUAUCUCAACUGCCCUUUUCUUCCCACUUUUUGUUCUAGGCAUCUACUUCUUGAUUCAGUUCUUGAAGAGAGGCAGAAGACAAAGAGAAAAAGAAGCUAGAGAGUAGGAAAAGAAGAGACUUAUGAGUGAUCUUGACAGGUCAGCUGAGAGCUAAUGA